AUGAACAAAUGGUGGAACUGGGUCCUUGGCAUAGCUUUGUUUUGUUUAUUAUUUAUUGCGAUACCUCUAAGUUUUACCGCUCCUAAAAAUCCAGAAGAGAUGAAACUAAAGUUCGAUGCGUAUAUUGAAAAGUUUAAUAAAAGUUAUAAAAACAAUCCAGAGGAAUACAAAAUGAGGUUUCAACACUUUUUGACUUCAAUACAAGAAAUUGAGCGAUUAAACUCCGAGUCUAGAGGUCCAGAGCAGUAUAGAGCGCGAUAUGGUCCCACAAAGUUAUCUGAUAUGUCGCCAACAGAAUAUAAAGAUUUACAUUUGUCUGAUGAGAAACUUACAAAAUUACCUGGUGCAUAUGAUAGAAGUUGGAGAAAAAAUAGAGAGCGAGUCUCCUAUCAUGUCGAGAAAUCUUAUGAAACACUAAAUAAAAAUGAAAUACUUAGCAGGAGAAAGAGGGCAUCAUUGCCACUCCAAGUGGAUUGGAGAGUCAAAGGGGCAGUGGGCGGGGUAAAAAACCAGGGUAUGUGCGGUGCUUGCUGGGCGUUCAGCACCGUGGGCGCUAUGGAGUCGAUGGCAGCAAUCAAUACGGGGAAGCUGACCACUCUCAGUGUGCAGGAGGUAAUAGACUGCGCAAGAUUAGGCAAUCAAGGAUGCGCCGGUGGCGACAUCUGUCUCCUCCUAGAUUGGUUGAUGAUAACCAAAACCCCCGUGGAAGUGGAGAAAAACUAUCCUCUGCAGCUGACCGAUGGUGUCUGUAAAGUGAAGAAGAAUGCAACAGGAAUCAAAUUAACUUCAUUUACUUGUGAUGAUUUUGUGGGUGCUGAGCAAAAGAUCAUUGAAGCGUUGGCACUGCACGGGCCAGUUGUAGUGGCUGUUAACGCUCUCACUUGGCAGAAUUACCUUGGGGGCGUGAUACAAUAUCAUUGCAGUGGAGCAGUUAUGGAUCUGAACCACGCCGUACAGCUAGUAGGAUAUGAUCUCACCGCAGAUGUACCAUAUUAUAUUGCUAAAAACUCUUGGGGAACUGAUUUUGGCUUAAAUGGGUACCUAAAUCUAGCUAUUGGCACCAAUAUCUGCGGCUUGGCGAACGAGGUUGCCACCGUCGACGUCGCAUAG